CUCUGAAUACCACCCCGGUCUCUCUCCUGUCCUCUCCCAUUCACGCAUUUACCUUGGGGCUGCAGCAGUGAGUAAGAGCAGCGACCGACACACUAAAAGGCUGUUGUCCGCUGCCAUAUUCUCGACAUAAAAACUCGAGGAUAUCCCAGUAUAACGACCUGGAGCCAGAGCAGAAUUCGACUGCAACAGCAAACUGUGCUAUCUUGCGCCAGCUUUUGAUUCGAAUAACCGAUCACCACCAUAUAUCAGAUACGCAUCAUGGCUUUGCGGCAUGAGAUCCCUGGUCACGGCGACGUCAUGGACAUAGGCGGAAGCCGAAUGCACGAGGAUCUUGGAGAGAGACUCUCCAGGGUCCUCACGGCUGUCUAUGGCCCCAAUGCCAAGCCAACUCUCCCAGAUGAGCUCCUGUAUACUGAUAUGGGACUGCCCAUAUGGAACGAGAUCAUUUUCACCCCUGAGUUCUACCAGACACACGACGAGAUUGCGCUCUUUGAUGCUCACGGCAGCGACAUCGUUGGGCAAGUCCAGCCUGGUGUGACCAUGAUUGAUCUUGGAGUCGGUGACACUCGUAAAGUGGAGCAUUUGUUGGCUGCUUUUGAGAAAGCGCAGCAGAAAGCCACCUACUUGGCUCUGGAUAUCUCUAAGGCCUCGUUGGAGCACAGCGUGGGCUACCUUCUCGAUAAGCAUUCGGCAGCGGAUGCAAAGGUAACUUGUGCAGGGCUGUGGGGAACAUUCCAAGACGGGAUGGCCUAUGUCCAAGGCAUUGAGGGCCAGAGACUGUUUCUCUCGCUGGGCUCAGUGCUUUGCAAUGACCCUUGGCCAGAAGCCUUGAGCCAUCUCAAGUACUGGGCCAAGGCGCUCCGGCCAAAUGAUUUUCUCUUGGUAGGAAUGGAUGCCCACUUGCUGCCUAACGAUAAGGACAAGAUCUGGGCGGCCUAUCAUUCCAGAGACGACCUAUACCAUCAAUUCUUCCUGAAUGGCUUUGAGCAAGUGAACAAAGCGAUUGGAGAAGAGUGGUUCCAAGAAGAAGAUUGGGACUUCAUGGCGCAACUUGAAGAAGAGCCCACAAACCGGCAUCGAUUCUUCUUCCGUGCCAACAAGGACGUCACGAUCCACAAGCUUGGACGGACCAUCAAACAGGGUGAAGAGCUAGACUGGUUCGACUCUCACAAAUAUGGAGAGGAGAGCGUUCGACUCAUGUGCCAUAAGGCGGGACUGAGUGUGAUAAGUGUCUGGCAAGCACCAAACUCUGAAUUUCGGCAGUACCUUUUAAAAAUGAAAGGGGGGCAGGACCAAAGAGAUGAUGGGGACAGCGCCGUAUCAGGGCUGAUUUAAUAAUGCUUUGGACUGCCGGAUACUUUUCAUUGUUUGCUCCCUUAGAUUGGACUUCUGAGCAAUUGGCGAGAAAGGCGAUGCUAGAC